AUGGAGUGGAACAAAGAAAAUUCAAGCCCUUCAGUCAUAUCAGCAAUGCCGGACCACACAAAACCGUGCUGGUACUGGGAUAAGAAGGACUUGGUACAUACACCCUCACAACUUGAAGGACUUGAUCCAGCCACUGAGGCCCGAUACCGUCAAGAGGGGGCUCGCUUCAUCUUUGAUAUGGGCACACAUUUGGGGUUACACUAUGACACCUUGGCUACUGGAAUCAUUUAUUUUCAUCGAUUCUAUAUGUUUCAUUCCUUCAAGCAAUAUCCACGAUAUGUUACAGGAGCUUGCUGUCUCUUUCUGGCUGGGAAAGUAGAGGAGACACCAAAAAGAUGUAACGAUAUCAUCAAAACGGCUCGCAGUUUAUUAAAUGAUGUCCAGUUCAGUCAGUUUGGAGAUGACCCAAAGGAAGAAGUCCUGGUGCUGGAGAGGAUCUUACUGCAGACCAUAAAGUUUGAUCUAGAAGUAGAGCACCCGUACCAGUUCCUACUCAGAUACGCAAAGCAGCUCAAAGGUGAUAAAAAGAAAAUUCAAAGGUUGAUUCAAAUGGCAUGGACAUUUGUAAAUGAUAGUCUCUGUACCACCCUGUCACUGCAGUGGGAGCCAGAGAUCCUAGCUGUAGCAGCAAUGUAUCUUGCGGGACGCUUUCAAAAAUUUAAAAUCCAAGAGUGGACCUCCAGUCCCAUAUCCAGGAGAUGGUGGGAACAGUUUGUUGAAGAUGUCCCUGUAGAUGUUCUGGAAGACAUCUGCCACCAAAUCCUGGAUCUUUACAGGAAAGAGAAACAACACACCCCUCCUCCCCCGCAGCAGCCCCCAGCUCUGCAGCCUACAUCACAAGUGGCACAGCUACCACAGUCUUGGCCAUCUCCAGGCUCUGAAGCAACAGAGCUUCAGCAGCAGCCCAAAACACCAUCUCCAAAACAGGCUAAGUGCACAGCCAUGGCGAUUUCUCCAAAGGAAGAGAACAAAGCCACAAAACCACCACUUAAGAUUCCCAAACUUGAGACCAUUCACCCACCGUUGCCUCCAGAGCACCCCCCUGCAGACUGGAAGCCUCCUCUCCCUCCUGCCUUAGAGGAGGCUGCAGCAACUGGUCCAGGGGAAGCAAGUGACCCCCCCAAAGUCCAGAUUCCUCCUCCAGCCCACCCAGCUCCUGUGCACCAGCCCCCACCAUUGUCACACUGGCCUCUACCCCCAUUGCCCUCCAGCUACAUGACUGGGAUGUCUACCACCAGCUCCUACAUGUCAGGAGAGGGCUUCCAGAGCCUGCAAUCCAUGAUGCAGACCGAGGGUCCCUCCUAUGGUGCCCUGUGCCCACCCUAUGGCCCACCUGCUCAUAUUUCCUACCACCCCCAUGUCUACCCCCACAACCCACCUCCACCUCCUGUUCCUCUACCUCCAGCUUCCUUCCCCCCAACUACCAUUCUUCCCCCUACCCCAGGCUACCCUCAACCUCCCCCUACCUACAACCCUAAUUUCCCACCCUCACCUCCAUGCCUGCCCCCUACUCAUGUAGUCCCUCCUCACCCUCCUCCAGGUUUGGGUUUGCCACCAGCCAGCUACCUGCCUCCAGCUCUGCCUCCUGGUGGACAACCUCCUGUCCCCUCACCCAUCCCUCCACCUGGCAUGCCACCUCUUGGGGGCCAAGCGUGGGCAACCUGGAUGAGAUAA